UGUGGGCUUUGUGUAAGAUGCCACUAUGGGUCAUGGGUGUGAUCUCUUGCACCUUUGCAUAUGCCUCUCUCGAUCUUGCUCUCAUUCUCAUGCACGAUGCGUCCUCCUCUGGCCUAUAUAUUAACACCAACUACAUUUCCCAGUAUCAUCACAGCUUCACAGAUCAGGUGGAUCGGAGCUAAUUGUGAUCUUUGCUGCGUUGUUAAUUUUUUUUUUGUUUUGUGUGUGUGUUGGUAAUUUGAUCUUGAUCGAGCACAGCCAUGGAGUGGAGGGACAGCUUCCUGGACCUGAUCCUGAUCCCGCUCAGCCUCCUCGUCCCCAUGGCGUACCACGUCUGGCUGUGGCGCGCCGUCCGCCUCAGCCCGCUCCGCACCGCCGCCGGCGUCAACGCCGCCGCCCGCCGCCUCUGGGCCGUCAGCAUGACCAAGGACAACGAGAAGAAGGCGGUGCUGGUGGUGCAGUCGCUGCGGAACGUGAUCAUGGGGUCGACGCUGAUGGCGACGACGGCGAUCCUCUUCUGCACGGGCAUCGCGGCGGUGCUGAGCAGCACCUACACCAUCAAGAAGCCGCUGAGCGACGCCGUGUUCGGCGCCCACGGUGAGUACAUGAUGGCGCUCAAGUACGUCGCGCUGCUGCUCGUCUUCCUCGUCGCCUUCCUCUGCCACUCCCUCGCCAUCUGCUUCCUCAACGAGGCCAGCUUCCUCGUCAACACCUCCUCCACCCUCCUCCCCUCCUCCUCCUCCGACGAGGGCCGCCGCCUCCUCGGCCUGCCCUCCACCAUGGACUACAUCGACGAGGUGCUCGAGAGGGGCUUCACCCUCAGCUUCGCCGGCAACCGCAUCUUCUUCGCCGGCGUCCCGCUCCUCCUCUGGAUCUUCGGCCCCCUCCUCGCCUUCCUCUCCUCCCUCGUCAUGAUCCCCAUCCUCUACAACCUCGACGUCGUCAACCCCAAACCCGCCGCCGCCUCCUCCACCAACGGCAAGCUCGACAAGAUCAACGGCGCCGCCGCCAUCGAUUGCGCCACGCAUGUCUGAACAAAACCCAAAAAGCAAUCAAAUCUUGUCUAGUGAUGAUACAGUCGGCUGCCACAUUGGUGCAUGGCCGCGUAGACGGACGAGGGAGAGGCGAACACGCUUCCUUCUUGGCUCGAUCCGCUGCAAGUUGAGUUGGUUGUUGUACUAGGAAAAAUCAAAAUCAAAAUCCGUUGUUCAGUUGCAUGCAUGACAUGGAAUCCAACGCUGUCUCGGCUCUAGCCGCCGUCGUUUUCAGAGGUCUGGGUCAUGACAAUGUACGCCUGCCUGCUUGUUCCACUACAGGGUAUGUGUGUUAUUUUUUGUUGGGUAUAUUCUUAUUAAGUUGUUGUCUUUUUUUUUUCUUGGUUUUGUUGUGCCUGUGUUGCCCAUGGUUUUUCCAUGACUUGUUGUCAGCAACAGCAGAUCAAACCGAUUAUGGACGCCGGCGGUUGUUUAAUUUGGUUGUGUGGCGUGAGUUCGUACGGACAGGCGCUGUAAUUUUGGUUACGUGU